UCCUUCACAAUUUUCCUAUUGAGUGACCUUCAAGGCAAGAAAACAGAGGGAGAACACAAUGACCAGUUUGUUUCCAUCAACGAAAAGUCAUAUCUCCUAUAGAAUUAUAUGGAUGAUCUUUGUGAUCCCUUCUUGUGUUUACUCGGCUAGUGAGGAGCUUCACAGACUCUGCAGUGCCCCGUUUAGCUGCGGUAAUCAAGAAGGUCUUUUUUACCCUUUCUGGAUAUCUGGUAGAGAAGCAUGUGGCCACCCCGAGUUCAAACUCAACUGUAGCGGAGGAUUUGCGGAGUUUACCAUCUCCUCUGCAAAGUUCAUAAUCUUAGAGGCAAACUCUACCUCUCGUGUCGUAAGACUCGCUAGAUCGGAUUAUACAGGCGAUCUCUGUCCACCAUACCCGCUAAACUCGCCGUUGUUCAACGAAUACGUCCUUCCAUUCGCUACUGGCACCGAGAUGAUGACGAUAUACUACGGAUGCCCCGAGGUUACGCAAACUGAUUCUACUUACCUUGGUGACCUCGAUUGUGAAGAUGACGAUGAUGAUGAUGAGAAAAGUUACUAUGUGUCGAGAAACCGAUCGUCUCUUGCACUUGGUGAGAUUUGCAAACGUCACGUCAGCAUUCCCGCAGAUGGAACGUCUCUGAACACACUGCAAAGCGUUCCAACUCUAGGUAGUCUAAAGAAGGUUAUCGUAGAGGGUUUCAAGCUUGGAGCUAACGGAGAAUGUUUGACGUGCGAAAAUUCUAAGGGUGCUUGUGGAUAUAAUCAGAGCUCUAAUGGAUUUAUUUGUUAUUGUAUUGACGGGCAUCAAAAUGUUACUUGUGGUUCUACAAACUGGGAUACAGGCCUCUCUACUGGAGCAACAAAAGCAGGCCUCUCAACAGGAAAGAAAGCAGGAAUCGGAACUGCUUUAGGGUUGGUGGGAAUCAUUCUUAUAGCCGGAGGUUUGUUCUGUACGUUCAAAUGGAGAAAGAAAGCACAGGCAGCUCAAUACAUUAGAAAAGACUUGGUCAUCACGUCUUCGAGUAAGGAAGCAUCAAACAAUCCAACUUCCACAACAGUUUCAUACACCGAUCUCCCUCUUCUCCCCUCAGUGUCUAGCACUGCAAACAGAAGCGUCUUCUUUGGAGUUCAAGUCUUCAGCUACGAAGAACUUGAGGAAGCCACUCAAAAUUUCUCUAGAGAACUCGGAGAUGGCGGAUUCGGUACAGUCUACUACGGCGUGCUGAAGGAUGGACGAGCUGUAGCAGUGAAACGACUAUACGAAAGAUCGCUAAAACACGUUGAACAGUUCAAGAACGAGGUCGAGAUAUUGAAAUCGUUGAAGCAUCCGAAUCUUGUGAUUCUAUACGGAUGCACAUCGAGACAUAGCAAAGAGCUUUUACUUGUCUACGAGUAUAUCUCAAACGGAACCCUCGCAGAUCAUCUCCACGGAGAUCGUGCUAUAUCUCGUCCUCUUUGCUGGUCAGUUCGUCUAAACGUUGCGAUCGAAACCGCAAGCGGUUUAGCAUUUCUCCACGCAUCCGGGAUCAUACAUAGGGAUGUGAAGACAACAAACAUUCUCCUGGACGAGAACUACACGGUGAGAGUAGCCGACUUCGGUCUCUCACGGUUGUUUCCAAUGGAUCAAACUCACGUCUCCACCGCGCCGCAAGGUACUCCGGGCUAUGUAGACCCGGAGUACUUCCAAUGUUACCGUCUAAACGAGAAGAGCGACGUUUACAGCUUCGGGGUCGUGCUAAUAGAACUCAUCUCUUCCAAAGAAGCUGUAGACAUCACCAGGAAAAGCCACGACGUCAACCUCGCGAAAAUGGCUGUUGCCAAAAUCCAGAGCAACGCGUUGCACGAGCUCGUUGAUCCGAGCCUGGGAUUCGAGAAGGAUCCAGAGGUGAGGAGGAAGAUGAUGUCGGUGGCUGAGCUUGCGUUUCGAUGUUUGCAGCACGAGAGGGAAAUGAGGCCGACGAUGGAUGAGAUCCUGAAGAUCUUGCGAGGGAUUAAGGAGGAGCAGAUCGGCCAGGAUGUGGUGGAUAUUGGCGGAGAUGAUGUUGGAUUGCUCAGACUUAGUGUUCCUCCGCCGAUAUCGCGUGAAACUGAUACGUGGACGAGCAAGAGCAGUUCAGAGGAUAUGGAGGCUAUUCCUUUUUGACAAGUUAUUAUUAGGGCUUGUAAGUGAGUUUUUACUUUAUAAUUUCAUGUAAGAUCUUUUAAUUUAUCUAUGUUUGAUUACGGUUUUGGCUACCAAUUAAAAUGUUGACGCUAAUACGUCUAAACUCCUACUAUCGUAGGUCUUAUUUUUCAUGUUUGUGCAAUGUAAGAAAAAACAACAUAUAAUAUAUGUAAUUGGUAAUGCUCGAUUCAGUUAAAGUUCGAAUAUUCGUUUGUCCCAUGUAGUUUCUAGUGUCUCUGUUGUGAAUCUUGUGACACACAUUACCAUUCUAAAUUUCUAACUCCAAUUCUAAUAGUAACGAUAUCUCUAUUUACCUAUGAAACAAAAUCUUCAUGUAUGAGUUUCAAAAAAAAAAAAAAAAUUUAAGUAUGUGCAUAAAAUAAUAUUAACUAUUUACAUAAAAGUAUUUUGCAACUUUUAUCUUUGUUCAUUUUAAAACACUUUACAAUAGUUAUGAUAAAUCAAGACGGCAAUUUUUGAAAUUGGUCCUCACAAAACACCAGGCCCGGAUGGAUUUUCUGCAGUCUUCUAUCAUCAAAAUUGGGAUAUUGUCAAGGAGGAGAUUAUGAAAGAAGUCAAGCAGUUCUUUGAUUCGGGUAUAUUUGAUGAGAAGAUGGAUCACACUAAUUUGUGCUUGAUACCAAAAAUAUAUCCUCCAUUUGGUAUGAAAGAAUUUUGCCCCAUUGCUCUCUGUAACGUAACGUAUAAGAUCAUAUCAAAGAUCCUUAUCAACAGAUUGAAGAAGCAUCUAAGUAACAUCAUCACAGAGAAUCAGACGGCUUUUAUUCCACGAAGAAUGAUUUCAGACAAUAUCAUUGUUGCUCAUGAGAUUUUCCAUAGCCUCAAAGCAAGGAAGCGUCAGGCAAAUUCAUAUAUGGCGGUCAAAACGGACAUCACCAAAGCUUAUGAUCGUCUAGAAUGGGAUUUCUCGAAGGAGACAAUGAUAAGAAUGGGCUUUCACCAAAAAUGGAUACAAUGGAUCAUGACCUGUGUUACUUCAGUAAGAUUUUCUGUCUUAAUCAAUGGAGUACCUGAAGGCCAUAUUACUCCAAAGAGAGGAUUAAGACAAGGUGAUCCUCUGUCUCCAUAUUUAUUCAUCCUCUGCGCAGAAGUUUUAUCUCAUUUGAUGAACAAAGCAAUGGGAGAUCGAGCUCUUCUGGGUGUUAAAGUUGCAACGAAUGCGCCUGCAGUGAAUCAUUUAUUAUUUGCUGAUGAUUCACUGUUCUUCUCCCUAGCUAACCCGAAGGCAGGAAGAAGACUGAAAGAGAUUCUGAAUCAAUAUGAAGCUGUCUCAGGUCAAGCGGUUAAUCUUUAAAAAUCUUCUAUAACCUUUGGGAGUAAAGUUUCUGAGGAUACUAAGCGAAGAAUGAGAAGUUUACUGGGGAUACAUAAUGAAGGAGGUAAUGGAAAAUAUUUGGGUCUUCCAGAGCAGUUUGGAAGAAAAAAGAGCGAGAUGUUUCAAUACAUAAUCAACAAGGUGAAGGCUGCGACACAAGGAUGGAAUAAGAAGUUUCUUUCACAUGGUGGUAAAGAAGUCUUAUUAAAGGCGGUUGCACUUGCCAUGCCCAUAUUUUCCAUGAAUGUUUUUCGACUCCCUCGAAAUAUAUGUGAUGAAAUAAACUCCAUUCUUGCUAAGUUUUGGUGGGGAUCAGGAGUUAAAAAAGGAAUGCAUUGGUAUAGUUGGAAAAGAGUGUCGGUUCCAAAGAGAGAAGGGGGAUUGGGAUUUAGAGAUCUAGAGAAAUUUAAUCAAGCUCUUCUUGGUAAACAAGUCUGGCGGAUCAUACAGAAUCCUCAGUGUCUAAUGGCCAGAAUCAUCAAAGCUCGAUAUUUCCCUGAUGGAAAUACUUUCACAGCAACUAUUAAAAGGAAAUCCUCCUAUGCUUGGAAGUCUUUGAUCUAUGGGCGAGAUCUUUUAAAGAGGGGUAUGCGGUUUAUUAUUGGAGAUGGUUCUACGGUUAACAUGUGGGCUGAUCCGUGGUUACAAGUUCAUCCUCCGAUAGCUCCUAGAUCACGCAACGGAACUCAGGUACUUGAAAGUGUUAGAAAUUAUAUGAAAGAGGAUGGUACUGGAUGGAAUAUAGAUAAACUCAGAGAUAAUGUAGUGCCUGAAGAUGUGGAGGUGAUAUUAUCAUUGAAGAUUAGCUCAAAUGCUCAGUUGGAUUUGUUGGGGUGGCAUUAUACGGAUGAUGGUAUAUAUACUGUUAAAUCAGGCUAUUGGUUGAGUACUCAUUUGCCAGACAAUGACAUUAUCGAACCAAUAUGGGGAGAUCCGUUGAUCAAGCAAAGAGUAUGGAAAAUGAAUUCUCCCCCGAAGAUCAAACAUUUUCUAUGGAAGACAUUAUCAAGAUCUUUGGUGGUUGGAAGUAAUCUUAAGAGGAGACAUAUUACUAGAUAUGAUCAAUGUAUGCGAUGUUGCUCUGCUAUUGAAACAGAACAACAUAUGCUAUUUGAUUGCCCGUAUGCUCAAAAGAUUUGGCGUGCAACAGGUAUAUCUAGUAAUAUCAUUAAUGGCUCUUAUAGUACUCUAGAGGAAAAGAUAGAGGCAUGUCUUACUUGUAAUAGAUCAUCAUCCUUGGCUCAUAUUAAAGAUUUGCCGAUUUACUUAUUAUGGAGGAUAUGGAAGAGCAGAAAUAUGAUGAUGUUUCAGCAACGAAAUAUACAGUGGUGGUCUGUGAUUCAUCAAGCUAAUGCGGAUGCUGCAGAAUGGUCAAAAUAUAGUCAAGAAGAAGUGUAUAAUGGUACAUGACGGUUAACAAAACAGAGUAUCACUUGGCAACGACCAAGAGAAGGUUGGAUGAAAUGCAAUUUAGACGGAUCUUUCUACAAUACAACUACUCAAAGUAGAGCUGGAUGGGUAGUACGAGAUAACUUUGGAAGUUUUAAAUUUGCGGCUCAGCAGUUGGAAACAGAGUCUCAUCGCCAUUAGAGGGAGAAUUCCAAGCACUUUUAUUAGCAAUGCAACAUUGUUGGGUCAGAGGACUAAAAAAUGUGUGUUUUGAAGGAGAUAAUCAACAAGUGAUGGACACAAUCAAUUCGUAGAAGCUACAGUUUAAUAUAUAUAAUUGGGUCAGAGAGAUAAGAUGGUAGAGCCGCAAAUUUGAAGAUAUCGAAAUGCGUUGGAUUAGAAGACAAGGAAAUAUGGUAGCAGACAAACUAACUAAAGAUCUUAUUCCUAAUGGUGAUUUAUUUAUAUGUUAUAAUUUCAUACCUGUUGCUAUUUCUACAUUUCUACAUAAGGAUUAUGUAUGUUCUUCUAAUAUGUAAUAAAAUUAGAUUGAUGUUAAAAAAAAAUAGUUAUGAUAAUAUGCUCUUACAUUUUGAAAGAAAAUAUAAGUUGAUAUUUGUUGGAUCCAAUUUUGGUUAAUAUGCUAAUGGGCCACAAUCGAGGAUAUGGACCGUAAAGAGCUAAAGCCUAUAGUGAGUAUACGAGCUCGAGACGGAGACUUCGAGGGCCCAGAGGUCGCGGAAAAAGAUACAGAGAUCAUGGAGUAGUUACGGAGAUCACGAAGUCGACCUACUAUAAAGAGAGGAGAACAUACAUGGAGAGACACACGUGAAAAAACCUAGAGAGAGCUACACCCACACUUUGACCUUAUUUUCAUCCAUCUUUAGAUCCUUUCUCUUAACGAUCUCACUGUAACGUUCAAUCUUGUUUUACUCAUUGUAUUCGAUCUUAUUCAUGAAAAAAAUCUAUUUUUGACUACCGGAAUCUGAUUAUAUCGUUGUGUUCUAAAGAUAUCGUUGCCUACAUCAUUUAUCUUCCCUUGAUUAAACCCCCGACCACUAUCAAAUUCUUAGUGUAGAUUUUAGGAUCUACAUUUUGGUGCCGACUGUUGGGAAGAUAAACGAAAAACUUCUUUGCUAAGAAAUCGAUCUAAGUUUCCUAAGCGCGACUAUGGAUCCUAAUCACGCACGGUCCAACUGCAUUGAAUCGAUCGAUCUCGAUCUUUCUAGAUCGGGAAAACUGAAGUCGUCGAAAAUCGACCGCGAUGCGAAGGGUCAACACAUUCCUCUCCAAAAAUGAGGUUGUCUCUCCAGUGACAAACAGUUCGACUCCUCGCGACAAGCAAUUGACAAACCAGACGUCGCGCCCUCCGAAGAGAUAAUGCGCGAAGUCGAGACUAUAAACUUCCACGAACACGAAGUCACUAAGCUCGAUAUGCCCCACGACGAUGCCUUAGUAAUCACGUUGGAGCUUGCGGGCACCAUCUUCUCAAGGAUUAUCGUUGACUCCGGGAGCACCGUCAAUGUCGUUUCACAAAAGACACUACGAUCAAUUAGCCAACCGACCCCAGUAACUGAUCACGAAAAGACUCCCCUCAAUAGUUUCGGAGAAAGUCGGUUUGGUCGCUCGGGGUCGUGCCACUAACCACCAGAACCCACGACGUCGAGCUCCGAAACCGGUUCACCAUAGUUGAUCAUUUCAUGCCGUUCAACGCCAUCAUAGGACGUCCCUGGUUACACCAGAUGAGGGCAGUCCCAUCAGUUUACCACCAAUGCUUGAAGUUUUUAUCACCGACUGGCAAAAAACCAUACGUUGGAGCCAUAAACAAUCCCGAGAAUUUUGCCAUUGAUUAUGGUAAUCAAGCAGAAGAAAGAAAAAAAAGGAAAAAACGAGUUUAUAUCGAACGAAACCGUGCAGAAGGCGGUGUAUGUUUAUAGAAUGAUUAUUUCAGUGAAACUCCAACAUAUCCUGAAAAUCUAUUCCGACGACGAUUUAGAAUGAACAAGCCAUUGUUGAUCGACUCUCCAAUGAAGUUGACUUCUUUCAACAAAAGAAAGAUGCUCUCGGAAGGCUUAGUCUCUCUCCACUUCAGAAGUGUACAGCAGCUAUUCGUGUCUUGGCAUAUGGUACUGCAGCUGAUGCUGUUGACGAAUACCUUCGACUCGGUGAAACUACUACUCGGUCAUGUGUAGAACAUUUUAUGGAAGGAAUAAUAUAUUUAUUCGGCGAGGAGUACCUUAGAAGACCAACACCGACUGAUCUUCAAUGUCUACUUGAUAUUGGUGAGGUUCGUGGAUUUUCCGGGAUGAUAGGAAGCAUCGAUUGUAUGCAUUGAGAGUGGAAGAAUUGUUCCCCGUUUGGAAAGGGCAAUAUUCAUGUGGUUUGGGAAACCCCACAAUCUUUUUGGAGGUGGUUGUUUCAUGGAUAUAACAUGCGUUUUUUGGACCUCCAUGUACCUUAAAUGAUAUCAAUGUUCUUGCUCACUCACCUGUUUUUGAUGACAUAAUCAAAGGUCAAGCUCCGCAAGUCACUUUCUUUGUGAAUGGAAGAGAUUAUCAUUUGGCUUACUAUCUCACCGACGAUAUUUAUCGGAAAUGGGCAACUUUUAUCCAAUCUAUUCCAUACCACAAGGGCCGAAAGCGGUUUUAUUUUCUUAACAUCAAAAAGCUGUCUGAAAAGCUGUCGAGCGUGCUUUUGGAGUCUUGCAAGCUCGAUUUGUCAUUGUUAAAAAUCCUGCACUUUUUUGGGAUAAAGUCAAAAUUGAAAAUAUUAUGAGAGCAUGUAUCAUACUCUAUAAUAUGAUAGUAGAAGAAGAACGAGAUGGAUAUACUCAAUUUGAUGUUUCAGAGUUCCAACAAGGAGAAGACACCGGAAGUUCACAUGUCGAUCUCAAUUUUUCAACAAAUAUGCCUACAAAUAUUGCCAAUAUGAUGGGUGUUCGAACUACAAUUCGUGAUAGACAAAUGCAUCAACAACUCAAAAUUGAUUUGGUUGAAUAUUUAUGGAGUAAAGAACUGAAUUCAGAAUGUUUCUUUCAAAUUAUUCUCGUUUAUUUUAUUAAUCCUUGUUUUUCUGUAAAUUUUAAAAACUAUAUUUAAAAUAUUAUCUUUUAAUAUGUUUUAUUUAAUAAAUAAAUUAUAUUUUUAAUAAAAUAUUUUUAAUAAUUUUUUUUAAGAACUCCAAAUUAAGAACCUACCAUUGGAGCUCAAAAACUAGGUAUAUCUUAACUGUUGGUUCUUAACUAACAUUAAUUACUAAAAAAUCAUUAAGACACCCAUUUGGGUUCUUAGGGUUAAUGAUGCGUAGGCCAUGUUUAUUGUAGGGUUUUUAAGAUAGGGUUCUUAGCUUAAUAUAAGAACUGUUUCUUAACUUUAACUAAAAAAACUAAAAACCGUUUCUUAAAACUCUUAUUUAAAAGCUGAUUCUUAAUUUUUUAAGUUAAAUGUUAAGAGACGGUUCUUAUAUUACGCUAAGAAUCCCACCAUAAGAACUCUCCAAUAAACAUGCCUUUGGAACUGGAAGAUAAAGGUGUUUGACUUUGUAUUCAACCAUUAAGUUGCUCAAAAAAGUUGGAACUGCGGAACAAAUACACUACACCAAAAAAGGUAAUUCGACCGAGAAAUUUGAAGUUGAGAAACACAGGUUAAAGAAAAUUACUGUCGAUCUAAAUAUUAAAUAGAGGGACAUCAUGUGAAUUUAUGAUUAAUUGAAAGGAUUCGAGUUGCAAAUGUUUAUAUAUUCUGCUCUUGGAGAGGGUUUUCUUCAACUAGCAUAAAGAAAGCCCGGAAGAGUUGAAGGCCUAAAGCCCAAAACCAGAUUCCAAAACACACAUAAACGGCAAAAGAAAUCAGACCUGCCGGACUCAAACCAACGACCUAAAGAUUACAGCAACUAGUCUUCUGCUCUACCAACUGAGACAAGGUCAGCUUCUGUUGAGAUAUGAUUUUAACAUUCAAAACAUUCAGUGCCUAUAACUGUAUGUGACGGCCAUGUUUGAAUAUUGCAACACUGAGUGAACAAAAACUUCAUCUCAACAAUAACAAAACUGAUAAAGAGACCCACAUUCAAACUAUGAAAUUGAGCUUAGCUCAAAGAAUGGACGACAGAGCUAUAAUUUUACACACAGUGCUUCUCAAUAAAGAGUUUUAACAACUUCGUCUGGUUAUCAAAAACAGCACUAGUAGUAUCAAAACAAGAAACAACUUGGACAUUAAAAAAAAA